AUGUCUCGAACCCACGAAGAUCGGAGAUCAAGAAGACGAAGGCGCCACAUUACCAUGGCGAGCAACAAACAUGGCCACCAUUUGAUGAAGGACGCUAUUGAAGAAGCACUCCUUAUCUUAAGGUACAACAGUCAUCUUCACCUCUUGGAACAAGCAGCUGACCAAAGCCAAAGGGGGUUAUUUAUAUGGGACCCAAGACGAUGGGAUCCAAAUGGGGACUAUCCUACCAAUGAUGAAGAUAGAAUUUCUGUCAAUGAAGAUGAAGAUACCACAACACUUGAGCCACCAUCUCUAGAGAAUAACGACAUUCAACUAAGCGACCACUCUUCGAAACAGAGAUCACUGGAGGAUAAACCCCGGCUCAGAGCGACAAUCUGA